AUAUUCAAAAUUUGAUUGUAUCUAAGUCAGGUAAAGACUGAACUGGAUUCCCACGUUUACAGCUGCAGCUUCCAACAGUUUGAAUUGCUUUGAUCGGAUGAGGUCGUCGUUAUGCCUUACUCAGCCCAAUCUGGCUUCGAGCCUAGGAUUGGGCCUUAACCUACAGGUGGUGCGUCUUAAUCCAGUUAGAGUCGGGCAGCCGUUGUGGAAAAUCCUUGCAGGGCUGUGUCCCACUGUGGAUCUCAUCGUCACCAGCGGAAUGCUGGGCUACCUGUAGACCUUCAGGAUGUUCAACUGGGUGGUGAAAGUGGUACCCCAUCAACCUGGAUCUCCUCAAACAGAUGCAGUUAGCAAGAAUCCUGCUGGGAUUAAACAGGAAUACCCCAAAAGCAGAGCUGCCAAGAGUCCUCCACUGAAGGGUACAGGAGAUGCCUCAGAGGACAGUCAGUCCCAGGCGGGAGUCUUAGGUUGGCUGUCUAAUGGCUUUGCAAGCACCCUGCCUCAGCCUGCUGGCUCCCCUCACCUCGACAGCAAGUCUGUUGGGGAUGGAGAAAGGUCAGGAGUGAUGGGAUGGGUCACUCAGAGUCUUACAAAGGUGCUGCCACAACCCGACGACAAGUACAGAGAAGUCAACAAUGGCUACCAAGAGGAGGUUACAGAGGUGUAUGAAGUUGCAACAAUGCCAGAUUAUGAUCCGCUCCCACACAUCCCAGUGGUGGAAAUGCUAUCAGAAGAUGAGGAAGAGGAGGACAGUCAAUCUGCAUUCCCCCCAAACGUGGUGACGUGGAUAAAGCAGAAGAUCCCUCAACCAGUUCUAAUCCCUGCAAAUUCCGUCCCCACUGAGCCAAAACCCCAAAACACUCCCCGCUCAUCUUUGGACAAAAGUACAUACUUUACGUUCCUUGUUCUCUCUCCACCGCCUGAAUCUCUCAGUGGAAUCUCACUGGACACUGAUAGCAAGGCCUCAGCGGUGGUGGGCUGGUUUGUUUCAGGGCUUGGCUUAAAGCUCCCUCAGCCUGUUUUUCCACCCCAAAAUGACAUUGAGGCCACGGCAGACAUUCUAAAGAAAGGUCCUUUCUUAGCCUCUACCCAACUCAAUGUUGACAUGGUGCUAGAAGAUGUGGAUUCAGACUAUGAGGGCCACAACACCUCAGCCCACACACAGCAGACCACAGCACAGAGGAGACGGUCCAGUUCCCCCAUGCACCUCCAAGGGGCUGGUGAGACAAACCAAGUACUGCAAGCAUCCCGUCCGGCUUUUGCUCAAAUUCUUCAGGAGGAUGCUGAGACCCAGACAGGCCGCUGGACACCGUUCAUGGAAAGCAUCAGACGGGAGGCUGAGGACUUGGCUUUGGCCACCAUGGAGGAACGUUUGCAGCAGGAGCGUGUGGAAAUGGCCCUCAUGGCCGCAGAAGUGGCGAGACAGACAGCUGAGAUGGCCGUACGACAGAUGGCCAGCGAGGGUCAGUCGAUCAAACUCUCGCUGGGGAGCCAAGAGCUGUUGGAAGAACCUGAUGCAGAACUGCAAGUUUUGCAAGAAGAGAGACCAGUGAAUCAUCAAGUCAUCGCAAAAGAGGAGCUUCUUGCUGUUGAGGAGCAUGAGGAAAGCAGAGCCGAGGAGGAAACCAUAAUCGAAGAAGACAAAGGAGGGCUCGAGCAGGAGGCCAAGCCACGAGCGAUUUCCCCCUCUCCCCCCCCGAGACCUGAACCAGUGAAGGCCCCUGAGCCGGAGUGUGUUCAACAAACAGUGGUCCAGAUCAAAGAAGAGGUUUUACAAGCUGAGCCUGUAAUCCAGCAGCCACAGAAGGCUGACAAAGACAUUCAAGAUGCCAAGACUGAUGAAAACGAGGAUGCCACUGAAGACGAUUGUGGGGAUAGUUCUCUCCUCAAUCUCCGUCCAGCAGUCAACGUUGAGGAUGUCGACUCACACCGCGAGAAAGUCUGGGGGGAAAAAGUGGAGGUACUCCUCACCCCGCAGGAUCCUAGACUAACAACACUCACUGUCCCCGUGACCCCAGCAGGAGGUCGACAGAGCAAAGGAGAUAAAGAGAGGCUACAAUCUCAAAGUGAGGAUGAUGAUGAGGAAGCAAGCAUUCCGGUCAGAGCCUGGGCCAGCCAGUCCAGCAUUCACAGCUCCGAUGACCCCUUGCGAGAACGUCCGUCAUCAUCCGCCAGUCAGACCAGCACAGCGGUUAAUGAGCGUCUUCAGGAACUGGUCCGCAUGUUUAAGGAGAGGACUGAGAAGGCGAAAGAAAAACUCAUAGACGCUGACAGCUCUGACGACGAAAGUAUCAUCCUCUCUCCUCCAAAGGCCAAAGGGCUGCAGCCUGCUCCUGCUAUACAGACUGUGGACAGGGGAAAUACUGAGAAUGUCCCUGGUCCUUCAGGAGGAAGCGCCAACAGUGAAGCAGAGGAAGAGCAAUCCGACCGUCAGGUGAAAGCCCCUCAACGGACACGAGCCUUUGUGCGCUACCGCUUCCCCGCCAGCAUCGACCCUUUCACUAAUUUAAUGUAUGUCCUGUGGAUGUUCUUGGUAUCUCUGGCGUGGAACUGGAAUGUGUGGUUCAUCCCAGUACGUUGGGCUUUCCCAUACCAAACACCAGGCAAUAUUUACUACUGGCUACUGACUGACUACCUUUGUGACCUUAUUUACAUCCUGGACAUCACCGUCUUCCAGCCACGUCUGCAGUUUGUCCGUGGAGGCGACGUAGUUUGUGACACAAAAGAAAUGAGAAAGAAUUACAUGAAAACCAAACGUUUCAAGUUUGAUGUGGCCAGUCUUGUUCCGCUGGAGCUCUUCUAUUUCAAAACUGGCAUCAAUCCGCUUCUGCGCCUGCCCCGGUUACUCAAGAUCAACUCUUUCUUUGAAUUCAAUGAGCGUUUAGAAGCCAUCUUGACCAAAGCCUACGUCUACAGGGUGAUCCGGACCACCACAUAUCUUCUCUACUGUCUCCACUGCAACGCCUGCCUCUACUACUGGGGCUCUGCCUACAAAGGACUGGGCUCCACUCAGUGGGUGUAUGACGGCAAAGGCAACAGUUACAUUCGUUGUUACUACUUUGCGGUCAAGACCCUUAUCACCAUCGGGGGGUUGCCAGAUCCCACAACGCUGUUUGAGAUUGUCUUUCAGCUUAUCAACUACUUUGUGGGAGUCUUUGUCUUUUCUAUCAUGAUUGGGCAGAUGCGUGAUGUAGUUGGUGCGGCCACAGCUAGUCAGACAUACUACCGUACCUGUAUGGACAACACCAUUAAAUACAUGUCCUCAUAUCGCAUUCCCAAAGAUGUCCAGAACAGAGUCAAAACGUGGUACAAUUACACCUGGCAAUCACAAGGCAUGCUGGACGAGCAGGAGCUGCUGACUCAGUUGCCAGAUAAAAUGCGUCUGGACAUCGCCAUAGAUGUCAAUUACUCCAUCGUCAGCAAGGUCCCUCUCUUUCAGGGCUGUGAUCAACAGAUGAUCUUUGACAUGUUAAAGAGCCUGCGUUCAGUUGUUUACCUGCCAGGGGAUUAUGUCUGCAAAAAGGGCGAGGUCGGUCGAGAGAUGUACAUCAUCAAGGCAGGGGAGGUGCAGGUGGUUGGAGGACCAGAUGGGAAGACAGUUUUUGUCACGCUCAGUGCGGGCUCCGUCUUUGGCGAAAUUAGUUUGCUCGCAGUGGGCGGGGGCAACAGGCGCACCGCCAACGUGAUCGCUCAUGGCUUUGCCAAUCUCUUCAUCUUGGACAAGAAAGACCUGAAUGAGAUUUUGGUUCACUAUCCUGAAUCCAGGAAACUGCUGCGUAAGAAAGCCAGGAAGAUGCUCACCAAAGGGAAGAAACCUGAGCCCAAAGAAGAAGCCAAGCAACCUGCCCAGGUCCAACCCACCCCUGCCAGGCCUGAGACUCCCAAGUUGCUGAGAGCCGCCCUAGAGAUGACAGAGAAAUCCGCCGGACUCAAAGGAACCAUGGCUCAAGUCAAAGAGAAGACCAGCAAGUCUCGCGUCUCGCUGCAGGCAUCCAUCUCGUCUCCGCUUCCAUCCCUUGUCUCCACGCCCUCAGCCACUCCCGCCAGUUCCACCACGUUUCUCUCCACCUUUGCCUGUUUCAACGACAACUCGGACUUUUCGUCGCUCACCCUUAUGGAGGAUGCGCUGCCGAUGGAUCACAGGCAGGAGGGUAUGAGUGAGGAGGAGGAUGAGGGUGGGCAGAAUGUGUGCCAGAAAUAA